UAACAGUGUUUACUGAUUAGUUGCCAGCUUAAAUGUGGAUAUCGCUUGUUUCUGAUAUGCUAGUGAAUAGCCUUGACCGGUGAUUUAUGCGGUAGUGAUCAGUAGUGAUUGGUGACUGGCUGAAUGAGUUCACAAUUCCUCGGUUGAACUUUUAAAGAAUGCUUUGCUUGAUUAUUGCCUGCUGGCUUACUUGCAGCACUGAAAGACAAUGUUGAUAACUGUGCCAGUGACAGGUACAGUGGCUGAUUGUCAACAUGUCAGUUAGUAGUGUUGAUUAUUGGCUGAUGUUAUGGUGAUCAGUGUGCAUUAAUGAUCAUGAUUGAUCAGUACUGAUAAAUUGCUGAUGUGGAAGUGACUGAUGAGUCUGUGAUCAGUGCUAAAGCCUGACCAGUGUAGUGACUACAAUAGUAGUAUAUCUAAUAGAUACCUUUUCAAAUAAUAGCAGUUAUAUCUAUGUACAUGUCUCAUGAUAUUAGGUCUCAAGUGACUGGUUUCCUCUAGAGUGAAUAAAAACGAACUGAUGUUUUAAUAAUUCUGUCACUGGAUGAUAAUAUUUUAGAUUGUAGACUUUAAUCGUGAAUUUUCUUGGUUUAGACUGUAAAGAAUUUGAUUUAAAAAAAAAGAGGAUAUUGACAGAGGGAGAGAGCGAGGGAGGAAAGAACCAUCACCUCCCGGAAACUGUAGCUCACUGAGACCUUAAAACUCAUCCCUUUAACUCUGACCGCAGAGUCACCAGAGCAACACUUACAAGAAGGACUGCAAAUAAUGAAAAUAACAAGUAACCCCCCCGAGCAGCAUGGAUCUGCCAAGCCGCCGCUGAGCUCCUCUGCCAUGACGUCCCGCAUCCUGCUCCGGCAGCAGCUGAUGCGAGAGCAGCUGCAGGAGCAGGAGCGCCGCGAGCAGCAGCGGCAGCAGCGGCAGCAGACCUCGCCGUUCCCACUGCCAGCCGGCGGCAGCCAGACCCCCGCCAUCAACGUCAGCGCGCCGCCCAGCCUCCCUCCUGCUUCGCAGGUGCCUGUGGAAGUACUCAGGGUUCAGACUCACCUGGAGAAUCCUACCAAGUAUCACAUUCAGCAGGCCCAGCGGCAACAAGUGAAGCAGUACCUGUCCACCACUCUGGGAAGCAAACUCGGCACACAGGCCAUCAGCCUGCCCUGCCCCAGCCAGCCCAUUGAGCACGGGGGCAUGCCCCCAGCACCUGGCAACAGCGCCCCCAACAGCCCUAUGGCACUACUCACCCUCAAUUCCAACUGCGAGAGAGAGAUGGAUGACGUCAUUGAUGACAUUAUUAGUCUGGAAUCGAGUUAUAAUGACGAGAUCCUUGGGCUUAUGGACCCAGGACUCCAACUGGCCAAUACGAUCCCAGUGUCAGCUAACCUCCUAGAUAUGUACAGCAACCAGGGUAUGACCCCACAUGGGCUCUCCAUUAGCAACUCCUGCCCUGCCAGCCUGCCCAACAUCAAGAGGGAACUUUCGGUUACCCCUUCCCUGGCCUUGGUGCACAUGCUGGACAAGUCUGGAUCCUGUGACAAGUUUGAAACCUAUCAGAGCCCUGAGGGCUUUCCAGUAGAGACUGAAAUCAGAGCUCUGGCAAAGGAAAGGCAAAAGAAGGACAACCACAACUUAAUUGAAAGAAGACGUCGUUUUAACAUUAAUGAUCGAAUCAAAGAACUCGGAACCAUGAUUCCAAAAUCAAACGACCCGGACAUGCGGUGGAACAAGGGGACCAUUCUGAAGGCCUCCGUGGACUACAUCAGGAAACUGCAGCGUGAGCAACAGCGUGCAAAGGAGUUGGAGAAUAGGCAGAAAAAGCUGGAGCAUACCAACAGGCACUUACUGCUGCGGAUACAGGAGCUGGAAAUGCAGGCUCGCGCUCAUGGAUUGGCUGUGGUUGCCCCCACUGCCCUCUGUUCCCCUGAACUUGCAAAUCGGGCCAUCAAGCAGGAACCGGUCCGGGGAGACUGCAGUCAGGAUCUGUACCAUCAGCAGCAGCACGCGGCCUCCAAGCCGCCAGGACCCACCACUCUGAAUCUCAGCGACGGCACCAUCAGCUUUAGCAAUGGGCCCCCGGCCCAGAGAGAGCCUAGUGUGUACAGCAUCGCAACCAGGGGGUCCUCGAAGCUGGACAGCAUGCUGAUGGACGACACGGUGUCUCCUGUGGGUGUGGAAGACCCGCUGCUGUCCUGCGUUUCACCAGGGGCCUCCAAAGACAACAGCCACGAGAACAGCAUGAUCAUGGAGGAGAAUGAGCAGGGCUGUUAGCGGGCCGCGCGCCCCAGGCCGGCUCCCCAGGCCUACUAACAGCUUGUACAGUAACACUGCUGCUGACGCUGCUGCAGAGGAGGACGUGGUGGUGCAGUCUACUUCUCAAGUAUUUCUUUUAUUGUUUACAUUUUUUCCCUUUUCCUUUUUUUUCAUUUUUCAAAUUUGUCAUCCACCUCAUUAAACUAACAGUCUGAAUCACUGUAUGAUCACUGAUAGAUAUUUAAUUAAAUUUGAGUAGGGUAAACUGUAGUCAGCUUUAAUCAAAAACCAUUCAUUUACUUUUGCAAUUGAUUUUCUAAGUCGUUAAAAUGUUAAAAAUAUAAAAAUUUCGUAAGAUGAAGGUUAGAGAUCAAUGAAAAAGAAAGUGUCAUUCCAAAGUCAGUCCUUCGCUCCUUCAGGUGAACCUCCUGGUUUAUCUAUCCAAUUAUACUACUACGAAGUUUCAUAAAUGAGAAGAGGCUGAAGAAAUGUUGUGUUUAAUAUUCACAAAUGGUUUUGAUAGUAGAAUUCUUUAUGUUUCUUUCUGCGUUGCAUAUUUUGUGGCUGUAAAGAAUUCAAUUCGACCCCCUAGAAACAGUCUCCAGAGAAGCAUAUAUUAUGAGAGUUGGAGAUUUCAGGUUCAGUAGCUACAAAUCCAGACUAGGAUUUUGUUUCUACCAACCAGUUGAGUUUAGAGUCACAGUCACAGAGGACUCAUCAGCUUGGUAAAAACAAAAUCUUGGUCUGGAAUUGUAGCUUCUGGACCUAAAAUUCCCAACGCUGGAUAUUAUACUGAAAGCAGUAUUUGGUAAAUUAAAGUGACAUUUUCCUCAUGCAUAUGGUGCUAUCAGAGGCCCCAGGUUUGAUAUGCAAACCCCUCUUUUCCAGCAUAAAUCUCCCGUUGUGAUGUAUCCCACUGGAUGUGGCUGCAUGGAUGGUGCCACAUCAUCCUAACAACAAACCCCUAAAAUGACAUCACCCUUAUACAUAAAUACAUCCCCAUCACACUUUAUUCAUUAACUGUGCUCAAGCCCUGGGAAUGAAUUUUACCAUAUAUCAUUACACAUGAAAGACCAAUCAGACUAGCAAUCUCUUAGCACAAGUCCAGGGUUUUAAUCACUAUGCCACCUGCCGCCAUUAACUUGGAAACCAACAAUAUUAAUAUGCAGGGAUGCAUCUCCUUUCAGCACUCAUGCUUCUUUUGUGUGAUUGACCACUUCAGUUGUAACUUCCUGCGUGCCAAGCAUCCUAUUCAAUGCAGCUCUCAAAUGCAGACUCUCUAUAAUUUAUAUCAGAAUCCUCUUGAGUAGGACAAUAUGAUGAUGGCCCAUCUGAUUAACAUCAUUUUCAUUUUUAAACUUUAAAAAACAUGAAUGUGGUGAUCAUUUCCGUCAUGGCAAGUUUGAGAACGAGAGUUCUCAAAAGAAAGAGUGUAUAUGCAGGUACACAAAGAGUGUAUAUGCAGGUACGGUUUGUGUUUGUGUUCAUCAUGGGCUUCGCUUUGCAUGCCUCUUUGUGUCUCACAGUAACUUUCAGGACAUUUUUAUUGUGCUAAAGUUUAUAUUGAAAAGGAAUAUAAGGAGACUUUUUUUAUUAUGACUCGUGGACGCUGUUACUUAAAACUCAAAGAUAACUUGGCUGUCAGAUAUGAAAUGAAGAUUUGAUAAACAGUUUUUGUAUAUUCUAAAGUUUAUAUUGCACUCAUGCUACUGUAUGACAGAUGGUAGUUGAUUAUAUGAAUAACGGGCUUUAUUGUUUUAUUUCUUCUGUUUAACUUCAACAUAAAGUUGUAGCAGUCUACUCAAUAUUACGUUAAUGGCAAUAACCAUCGAUGUUAGAUAUCAGAGAGACAUUGCGCUUUCUGAAAAGGUGAAUUUUUUAAACGAAAACAAGAUUCUCUGAAUCGCAAUAAUCGAAUAUGCAAUAAGUAUUUAAUGUAGAUAUAUUGUGCCUGUGUAUUUUAGACAUCAGGAUCAAGUUCUUUUCUGAAGCUCACCAGUGUUGAGACAACAACGUGUGAUGGAAAAGGUGGUUUGUGAACGAUGUGCCUUAAUUUUAAGAUUCAAGUUACUUUUAUUCACUUGGGCAGCUGGUGAAUGGAAGGUUCCUGCAGCUCCCACUGAAAUGGCUUUGUGGUCAACUGGGAGCCACUGGGAAGCUCCGUCUUCAGCUACUACAAGGAGGCGUUGUUGUACGUUUGCAGGGUGGAGAGUACUGUAAGAUUUCUUGAAGGAUGUUCGCGUUACCGUGGUAGGUGCGCAAGACCAACUCUGGUCUACAGAAGAGUAGUGCUCCAUUACUUAGCCUUCUACGUGUAGCCUUAAAAAAAGUCUGUAAUCCAAAUGUUCACUCUGUCGGAGUGUUUUUAUUUUAUCAAAAUGUGAUAGUGUGGACUGCCAAAAUGUUUUGCCAAAAUCGAAGUGACGGAAUGUCUUUAUAUGCAAAGCAAUAUAACGUAAACUUUAAUGUAUUUAAUGUAUUGCCGAUUUUUUUUCUGCUUUUUUAAUUUGACUGACGGUGUCGGAUCUGUCAAAUAAACUUUUCUUUACUGUAUGAAGCAAUAUUUAGGUCAGAGCAAUAUAAGGUGAUGGCGUAAAGCACAAACAUGCACUUACAGGGUCAGUGUCUGAACACGCGAUACACUGGAGAAUGCUUCCUCAGACCAUGGGUCUGCGCUUCACACACAACUGGCAGUGGCUGCCUAUCACUCCCUCCACCGGCUGGUGGAACGCAGCCACUGCGUAUUUAGCCUGCCAGGCAUCUGUUGGGUCCACGCCUGCUGCCCGUCGCCUAGCGGAUGCCUCUCAGGCUCUGCCUCCACACAGAUGCCUGCUACUGUAAUGUGACAAUACCUUGUUCACCCUAGGAGACGGGAGGCUGUGCCCAGUGUGGUUAGUUACCGACGUAGUAAUGGAAUUGUGAUUAAAAAGUGUUUUCUUUGAAACUGCAUAUGUGAACUACUUCAUGGAUAUUAAAUAUUAAAGACGAUUAAAUGGU